UUGCCACUUACCAAUACCAAUAAGUUUUCAAAAAGGGCUGUUAUACGCACAUUGCAUUUUCAAACGGCAUUUUUGAUACAAAAUUACUUCUUGUAGAGAAUUAGAAUUAUUUUUAUUAACAAAUAUAACUGAAAUAUUAAAAUAAUAAGUUACAGACAAAAAGGGAAAUGUAUAGAAAGACAGUGAGUGCUCUAAAUGGCAAGGAAAACCAUUUGCAGACAGUAAGGCCACUGCCACUGCCCCCGCCACCGCAGAAACAACAUAAUACGAAAAAUACCUUUAACGAAAAUGUAAAGGGUGUAGCUCCAAUAGCUAUGCCAAGACCAAUGUCGUCCCAUAGAACUGGCAACUUGAUAGCAGGACUACCUGCGUCGAGAACAACUCAAGUUACGUCUGCAGCAGUGUCACAGAAGAAAUUAUUGACAAAUAACAAUACUGUUCGCACCGCGACAGCACCGCUGGUCUCAUCGACUGCGAAACCUAUAAACCAACAAACCGUCACACAUUCAACUUCUGGAUCCAUGACAAAAACUAGCGUCUCUGUUGCGUCAACCUCAUCUAGUAAUAAGAUUACAUCCAAUCAAGCAAGAACAGAAAAAGAAAAAUCUAAUUUUGAACCAAAUGCAAACUCAACAGAAGUACCAGCAAAAACAAUUGCAGAAGUUGAAAGCAAAGAUUCGAAGGAAGAAUCAAAUAAGGCUGAAAUUGAAAAGACUGGUGAGGGUACCAAAAAAGAAAAGAAAUCGUGGUCCUUAAGUAAUUUCGAUAUAGGAAGACCACUUGGACGAGGUAAAUUCGGUAAUGUAUACCUUGCGCGCGAAAAAGAAUCCAAAUUUGUUGUUGCACUCAAAGUGUUAUUUAAAAAACAAAUACACGAGUCAAACGUAGAGCAUCAAGUACGGCGAGAAAUUGAAAUACAGUCACAUUUGAGACACCCGCAUAUACUGCGCUUAUAUGGUUAUUUCCACGAUGAUGCACGCAUUUAUCUUAUUUUGGAAUAUGCUCCCAAAGGAACACUUUUCAAGGAACUGCAAUCACAGCCAUUAAAACGUUUUAACGAACCAACAUCAGCCAUUUAUAUACGCUCACUAGCAUCUGCAUUGCAGUAUCUACAUGAGCGUGAUGUUAUACAUCGCGACAUCAAACCGGAAAAUUUAUUGUUGGGACAUAAAGGCGAUUUGAAAAUAGCAGAUUUUGGAUGGUCAGUGCACGAACCGAACUCUAUGCGCACAACAUUAUGUGGCACACUUGAUUACUUGCCACCUGAAAUGGUGCAAGGCAAACCACAUACUAAAAACGUAGAUCUUUGGAGUUUAGGUGUACUAUGUUACGAACUGAUAGUGGGUCAUGCGCCAUUCCUUGCUACUGAUUAUGACGAGACAUAUAAAAAGAUCAUUAAAGUCGAUUACAAAUUACCCGAUUAUGUUUCACGCGCAGCAGCACACUUCAUUUCCAAGUUACUGGUGCUAAAUCCCCAGCAACGCCUUCCUCUGGACCAAGUAUUUCUACAUCCUUGGGUUGCCGCACACAUUAAAUAACAAUUAUACAAAUGGCUUAAAUCAAUUCUUUACAUUUAUUUAUAUUAUUUUACAUACAUAACGAAAGGAUAGCCUUGCAAGUCAGUUGGAAAAAUGUUCAAAAAACAAUUUAUACGACAACUUACUUAUAUAAUGCGGUAUUUGCUUUAUAUAUAUAUAUGUGCGUUUGGGUAAAUAAUACUCAAAUUUAUAGGAGACAUUUUUUAUUUUGAUAUUAAGCGCUAUCCUUCCUUUGUUCCAAGUUACUACAAAGAGCUAAAUUUUAAAACCUUUCUGUAUUGCAACAUUAGCAGUCUGCACUUUUUAGUUUUGCAUUUUAAUUCGUGUAGUGAUUUGUAUAUUAUUUAGUAACUUGUUCGUUUAUUUUUAGUUUUGAGCUGAUUUAUUUUUUUACCCAUCUAAAUGGAUUUAUCAUACGACAUACUCAAUUCAUUACAUCAGCAUGCAUCUAUGGAAUAUAACUCGCCAUUAAAUUUCUAAGAAUGCAUUUCGACGAGUUAAACGUACUGUUAAUGUCUUUUUAAAUCAUAAAUAAAUUUUGCCUUUAUAGCUAAACAUUUUAAA